CGUUAAGUAGCAUCGCACAUGUCACGGAUGCCUUCGGUGUCCUUUUAAGCGUAUUUACAUGGUUCUUAGCGGUGUGUGGAGUGGAGGCAACUCAGGGGGCUCAAAUUUCAUGACAUAAGUGAAAACCGAUCUGUCUUGACUAGGGAUGAGUUAACUUCUACUAGGGACUUCAGUGAAUGUGUUUGUAUGGACAACGACACCGAAUAAAUCACCUCUUCUGCCAUGUCGCUCAGGUUUCCGCCAAAGGCCCAAAGAGUUCCCUGAUAGGUCAGAGGAUCAUAGUCCCGUUUCCCCUGUGUCAUGGCUGUGGCCCGCCCACACAGUGACGGGCAGAGAAGAGCAUGGCAGAGUGGGGGGAUUUCCACAGCAAGGUGGCAGUACACACAAUCGCACAAGUGCGGACACAAAUAUCGGAACUAUUUGGACCGGUGUCCUGUACGCAGACAUCUUUCUGUCUGUUGACAGGCGUGUUGUUCAUCGUGGAGGCUGCACCUGUUUCCAUGUUCCUCAUUCGUCGUAGUUGUUUGAUAUUUUGAGCUGCUCCUGGACAUAUCAAAGAUGACUUAUCAUUGAAGCGCUUGUUGACCUUCUUCUAUGCAGCCCUUUCCGAACAUAUCAGCACCUGUUUGGAUUUUUCCGUGUGAAGAAAAAAAAACCUCUGCCGCCAUGAGAUAUACUAGUGGAAUACUUUAGUCAGACGCAGAAUGUCUACUUCUCAGCAGUUAGUAUCACCUCAAGAUAAGGUUGCAUGUUCAGAGAGGCCUGCGUCACUAUAGGGUUUCUUUUUCCAUACUUACAUAUAAAGAACUUUAUUGGAAAGAGUGUGUGUGUGGGUGUGUGUAUGUGUAUGUGUGUGCAUGUGCGUGUGUGUGUCACCAGGACCCUUUGACACCUGGCUAGUGGGUGUCUGCCAUGGGGUUAGCAUUUGAGGCGUCUCGUGUGUCACGCAAACUCGCCUGCCAAACCACCUACCCCCCACUGCCACACUAGCCCACACACACUCCCACCUCCACCCCUCUACCCCCUCCGUCCUCUCCGCCCCCUCCCACCACCUCUCUGCCAUUCCUGUGCUGACGCAGGGGGUCCCAGUUACAUUUAGGGAGGCUGCCCUCUUACACUGUUAAAGUUAUCCCUUCAUUGGAGCAGGCGCAGGACUGUUGGAUGGAGAGAGCAAGAGAGGCAGACUCGUUGCACACAAGGACAUACACGUUGACUUCUUCUUCUUCUUUGUCAAUGACUUAAAUCACAUCUCAGGGAGGUUGGAUAUUUGGCAAUCCACAGACCUGGUGGCAUCUGACUCACACGGAGGUGUGUCCGACGUGUACCGUGCGUUUGUUUAUCCGCAGUCGCUCUUCAUACGGUUAGACGCGCGCAAGAUUAGCCGUCAGUCAGCCAUGACUUCCCCGGAGGCCGGCGGUGCGGGCAUGGACUUUAUCCACGCCCGGAUCGAGACACUCAGCAGCAAGAUGGACCACCUCAUCAGCAUCCAGGAGAAGGUGCUCAGCCGUCUGGACGGCAUGUCUCAGGACAUCGACGGCAUCGAGAAGGACGUCGAGACCCUGAAGGUGGACAAGGAGGAGAUACAGCCACCAACACCACCAUCACCACCACCACCACCAGCAUCACCACCCCCACCACAGCAGCAGCAGGAAGACCAUCCCAGCGCGCACCAGGUGCAGGGCGCCAUGAAGGAGAUUUGCCAGGAGAUGAGCAGCAUCAUGUCGGUGGUGAGCCAGCGCUCGGAGCAGCAGGCCCGCAAGCUGGAGGGGAUGGAGAAGCUGGUGCUCAGCAUUCAGCAGGUGAUCAGCGUCAUCGGCGAAACCGUCAAGAAGUCCAAGAUCACGGAGCUCAUGUUCAAGAAGCCCGGCGGUGGCGGUCGCAACAAGGGGAAAAUCAUCUCCACGCUGGUGCCCAAGGGAAAGGAGAAUAAUAAAGGCAAGGGAACGGCAAAGAAGCCGGACAAGUUCAAGGAGCACAAAGGCAAAGAUGGAAAGGAUAAAACCAAAGAUACUAAAGCAAAGAAGAACAAGAAGUCUCCAGAUGCACAAGACUGCUUCUCUGUGAAGAAGCAGGCAUUGCUGCUUGAGGAGGUCCAGAAGCUGAACAGAGAGAAUACAGAAAGGUUGGCCAUCACCACAGCCCUGGACCUGGAGGCCGGUACCGCAGAGCUCAAGCAACAGGAUGUACCAUCCAUGCCCAGCGCUGUGGACUUCAUCCUGGAGGUGGCCAAGGAGGCCCAGGAGGAGGAGGAGGAGGCGCAGGAGGAAGCACCAGAGGAAGGUAAAGGGCCCGAGGAGGAGGAGGAGGUGCUGAAGAUGAAAGAGACAAAGGAGGACGAGGAGAAGAUGGAGCAGGAGGUGGAGAUCCCAGGAGGAGCAAAGGAGGAGGCGGCAGAGGAGAAGAGCACGGAGGCAGCUGAGGAGGAGCAGAAAGUGGAGGAGGAGCUCAAGGAGGAGCAGGAGGGAGAUGAGUCCAGUGAGAGGGCCUCAGAGUCUGAGAGCGACUCUGCCGAUGCACCGCUACUUGAACGCAUCUCUGUCCAGAGCUGUGAGCCGGAGUCAGAUACAUCGCUCUCGGACGAGGUGUCCACCAGCACCAAGCGGCGCGUGACAGAGGAGGAAGAGGACCACGAGGACGAGGAGGAGCACAAGAAGAGCCGUGUGGAGGUGCAGCAGGAGGGGGCCAAGGAGGAGGAGGCGCAGGGCCAGGGGGCCGGCCAGGAGGGGGAGACGUCGCUAGUCGGUGUCUUCAAAGCCGACGGAGUGGAGUUCGAGGUGGACUUCAGUCGGCAGAAACCGAAGCGCGACGAGGAUGAGGAUGAGGACGGGGAGCUCAUGGAUGAGCAGUUCUUCAUCGACUGCACUCCCCCACCACCUGCUCCCUUUACCCAUCGGAUUGUGUCUGCCAAGCCGAGCCACAUCAGCAACUUCUAUAGCAUCAACAGACAAGAAAUUAUUGGAGGGGGUCGUUUUGGUCAGGUGCACAAAUGCAUAGAGAAUUCCUCUGGACUCACUCUCGCAGCCAAGAUAAUCAAAGCCAGAAGUCCAAAAGAAAAGGACAUUGUGAAGAAUGAGAUUCUUGUCAUGAACCAACUGGAUCAUGCCAAUCUCAUCCAGCUGUACGCCGCAUACGAGUCCAGGACUGAGAUCAUCCUCGUCCUGGAAUAUGUUGAUGGAGGUGAACUCUUUGACAGAAUCAUUGAUGAAAACUACAAACUGACAGAGCUGGAUUCAGUGGUGUUCAUCAGGCAGAUUUGUGAGGGAUUGCACCAUAUGCACAGAAUGUACUUCCUCCAUUUGGAUCUGAAGCCUGAGAACAUACUUUGUGUGAGCCGAUCCACAAAUAAGGUCAAGAUCAUUGACUUCGGACUUGCAAGAAAAUACAACCCCAGAGAAAAGCUGAAAGUGAAUUUUGGUACUCCUGAGUUCUUGGCUCCCGAGGUUGUCAACUACGACUUUGUCUCGUUCAACACAGACAUGUGGAGCCUGGGAGUCAUCACCUAUAUGCUGCUCAGCGGCUUGUCCCCGUUCCUUGGGGACGAUGACAGCGAGACGCUUAAUAACAUUCUCCAGUGUCAGUGGAACUUCGAAGAGGCCGAGUUCAUUGGCAUAUCAGAUGAGGCCAAGGACUUCAUCUCCAAACUCCUGCUCUUCAACAAGGGCUGGAGGAUCGGUGCAGCUAAGGCUUUGAAACACCCGUGGCUGUCAGACACGGCACUCCAUCACCGACUGCAUGAACAGAAGAACAUGUGUCGUUCUCGCAGGAACUCAUGUGUGCCCCCUCCUGAGAGUUAAGAGUCUUUGGAGAAACUCAAGGGCUCACUGGACCAAUAAGCUGUACUUCUGUACAUUAGUAGGAUUCUAGGACAUUGCUUUGGAAGACCACAGAUAGCAAUGCACAGAUCACACAUCAACUAAGCUAUGGAUUUUUAUGUUUCACUCACCCUCAAUGGUUACAAGACAGAAGACUGAAGAUGGUCUAGAGCUAGACUGAAGUUGUAGAAUUACCCGUCACACAUGUUGACUUUAGGAGUUAAUGUCCUAUUAUUUAGUGUUUUAUUGUUCAUAAUAAUAAUGACAAUAAUAAUACUAAUAGCAAUAAUAAUAAUAAUAAUAAUAAUAAUAAUAAUAAUAAUAAUAAUAAUAAUAAUAAUAAUAAUAAUUCCUUGGUCAUUUAUACCGUGGUUUGGUAACACUAAUUUGAUCUUUGUAACUUGAAUACAUGUAAAGUAAUAGUAAAUACUGUAUAUAACAGCAAAGAAGCAUGUGUCAGUCACAUUAACAUCUUGGAGAGUAACACCAACAUGUUGUUUUUGAUGUAAAUUAGUGUAGAACUGAGAGUGUGUAUGCUACACAAAUAUCAGCUAUUGGAACAAUAUUUGAAAAAUAUGGGGAAAAAUUCUAGUUACAUCGUACUGUGCUGUUUAUGAUAGUGUUUAUGAUGUGAUGUUUAGAUAGUGUCAAGGCUGUUGUCCUUCUGUCUUAGAUGCUAAGUUGGGGUUGUCUAUGUAAACUACCUUACUACAUUGUGUAAAUAUUCUUUUCCUGUCGCGUUUUGACCACAUUUCCCCUUGUCUUUUUUUUGUAUUAUCCUUGCUCCUUGUGAGCCUACGUAGAGCUUUCUUCUCAUUGCAACAGCCCUGGAUAUUUUUACAGAAAUACAGCACAAAACAUGUUAUUCUCUUUUCUCCUUUUCUCUCUCGUAAAUCUGCGGUAGUUGUCACAAUAAUGUAUGUUAACAUUAUAUGAGCCAAUUUUAUUAAGAGUAGGUAUUCAUAGAACCCUUUUUUCAUACAUUUGUUUCCCUGUAUGUAACUUUCUAUGUUAUGUGUUUUUUUUCCUCAGCACAUUUUCAUGGUAGUAGAACUGUUAAUUUUGUAGAAAUGCAAUAUUAUUUAAAUGCCUAAUUUACAAUAUCUUUACUCACUUGAUAGAAUGCUUGAGCUGAAACUCGGUUGCGUGGGGUAUUUGUCAAUGUGAAAGGAAAAACAAUUUAAGCGUGUUUUAUUGUUGAUAUAAGCUGUGGUCUGUGCACUUUAUUAUGUUAUUUUUUUAACACUUUACAGAUAAUCCUAAAUCACACAGAGUUUAGAAUAAAUACACUACUAGUAUAUUUAUAUUAAAAGAUUAAUUUUAUAGGCCUGAUGCCGUGUUACUUUCUAGGGAAAAAUACUUGUGUGUACAGAAUAAGAAAAAAAUAUUUUUACUUUAUAUUAAAAUGAUUAAAGUCUUA